UCCAUUCAUUCAUUCUGCUUCACCCACACUUGCCUUUUGGACUUCCAAAUGGGCGUAAAUUCAAACAGAAUUGAAGAUUUCUCCAGCCCCUGCUGCAAUAACACUAAAGAGGUUUCUAUUAGAAUCUCUUCAGAGUUGUCAACAACGUCACCCAUUGAGAUACACAAUGUUUCCCUGCCACCCCACAAGACUACUUUCCAAAAACUCAAGCUCCGUUUAUCGGAAAUCUUCUUCCCUGAUGACCCACUUCACAGAUUCAAGAACAAGCAAUGGUAUCACAAACUCCUACUGUGGCUUCAGUUCUUCUUCCCCAUCUUCCAAUGGGGGCCUCAGUAUAAUCUCCAGCUCCUGAGAUCUGAUAUCAUCUCUGGUCUCACCAUUGCUAGCCUUGCCAUCCCUCAGGGUAUCAGCUACGCAAAGCUUGCAAAUUUGCCUCCAAUAGUUGGACUCUAUUCAAGCUUUGUUCCUCCAUUAAUUUACUCUAUUCUGGGUAGUUCUAGGCAUCUUGGUGUUGGUCCAGUCUCUAUAGCUUCUUUGGUUAUGGGAUCAAUGCUUCAAGAGGCUGUUUCAUACACUAAAGAUCCAAUUUUGUAUCUCAAAUUGGCCUUCACUGCCACCUUCUUUGCCGGUGUGUUUCAGGCAUCGUUAGGUCUUCUAAGGCUAGGAUUCAUAAUCGAUUUUCUUUCCAAGGCAACACUUAUCGGGUUCAUGGCUGGAGCAGCAGUCAUUGUAUCACUGCAACAACUCAAAGGAUUGCUUGGAAUUGUUCAUUUUACCACCAAGAUGCAAUUUAUUCCUGUAAUGUCCGCUGUUUUCAGCCACAGAGAUGAGUGGUCCUGGCAAACUGUUGUAUUGGGGUUCAGCUUCCUGGUUUUUCUGUUGACAACAAGGCAUAUUAGCAUGACGAAACCGAAGCUUUUCUGGGUAUCAGCUGCUGCCCCGUUAACAUCAGUUAUUCUUUCAACUCUUCUAGUCUUUUGCAUCAAAUCAAAGGCUCAUAGAAUCUCAAUUAUUGGAAACUUGCCAAAGGGUUUGAAUCCACCUUCAACAAACAUGUUAUACUUUAAUGGUGCUUUCUUGGCUGUAGCUAUCAAAACUGGCCUUGUUACUGGGAUCCUUUCCCUCACUGAAGGAAUUGCAGUGGGAAGGACAUUUGCUUCUUUAAAGAAUUACCAAGUCGAUGGCAACCAAGAAAUGAUGGCUAUUGGUUUCAUGAACAUGGCUGGUUCAUGUACUUCAUGCUUUGUUACCUCUGGCUCCUUUUCUCGAUCUGCUGUGAACUACAAUGCCGGAGCACAAACAGCAGUUUCUAACGUAGUAAUGGCUUCAGCUGUGCUUGUGACUCUUCUGUUUCUCAUGCCAUUGUUUUACUAUACUCCCAAUGUCAUCUUGGGAGCCAUCAUUAUAACAGCAGUGAUAGGGCUUAUUGAUUAUCAGUCCGCAUAUAAAUUAUGGAAAGUUGACAAGCUUGAUUUCCUGGCUUGUAUGUGUUCCUUCUUUGGGGUUCUUUUCAUAUCUGUGCCCCUAGGUCUCGCCAUCGCAGUUGCACUUUCGGUGUUGAAGAUUCUCUUGCAUGUCACCAGGCCAAACACAGUGGUCUUAGGCAAUAUUGCGGGAACACAAGUAUACCACAGCCUCAGCCGAUACCCAGAUGCUCAAAGAGUCUCUUCAUUUCUUAUUCUAGCUGUUGAAUCUCCCAUUUACUUUGCCAAUUCCACUUACCUUCAAGAAAGAAUAUUAAGAUGGAUUCGCGAGGAGGAAGAGUGGAUAAGUACAAACAAUGGGAGUACACUGAAAUGCAUAAUCCUGGACAUGACUGCUGUUACAGCCAUAGAUACAAGCGGUAUUGACAUGGUAUGUGAACUAAGAAAGAUGCUGGAGAAAAGAUCACUUCAAGUAAGAAACCCCAACCGAAAUAUUCCUAGAAUGCCACAUUCUUGGAUGAUUUCAGCUAAUCUUGGUGCUUUUUCUUUGCAGUUUGUGUUGGUAAAUCCUGUUGGAAGUGUGAUGGAAAAGUUGCAUCAGUCAAAAGUUUUGGAGUCUUUAGGGCUGAACGGCCUCUAUCUCACGGUUGCAGAAGCUGUGUCAGAUAUUUCAUCUUUGUGGAAGGCUCACGCAUGAACGAAUUCUUACAAGGCUGCAACAAUAUAAAAGAGUGAAGAUAGUAACUAACAACUUUAUAACCUUGCCGGUCUAGGAAGAAUUCUAAAGAGCAGAGAACUUUGUUUUCCAUAAUUAUUUGUGCAAACUAUACUGUUUACUCUUCUAAGAGGUUUUGAAGGCUCACAAAUCUCAUCUUAACUUCAUGCAAAGACAGGCCAUGCCAUGAUGGGAGCUUUAGUGUAAUUGAGACAAAGUAGUGAAUGUUAUUUUCAUGUUAAGAUGAAAAUGUUUUAAAUCCCUUAUUUUUCAAUGAAGACUAGAAUAAUAUAGCAAUCUUAAUAAA